CAUUAAAAUACAAAAUCAUAGUGUUGCCGCUCACUUGCUAGCCGGUGAUUGCGGGUUAUUUUUGUCAGUAACCCACAGAGCGUUUAAGCAUCAGCGUUAAAAGUGCUUUAAGAUUUUUAAAUAACUGAAUAAGAAGCGCGGAAUAGUAAGCACUGAAUAAGUACUAAAUAAGAAGCAUUGUUGCACCGCAUAUCGAAACCAGCAAAAUGAUCUGUUGGUGCGCAAUGGUGAUCGUCUUGGCAGCGACUGCCUUGGCGGAAACAUGUACCGAGUUGCGCGAAUCGUGUAAUACCCAGAGCGACUACAAGUGGAGUUCUCAGAGUCAGGAUGAUCUACGCAACCUUCCCUGGCCAGCCACCAACGAAGACUACGCGCCAUAUCGAGUGUUGGCCGACGAAUUUUGCCGUAAGCAGAAUGCAACUGCACACUGUAAGAAGGACCUGAUUGCCCGUUGCCCCGAUGAUCCUUACUUGCUGGCUCGUGCCCUAUCUUAUGGUCCCUACUCAAUAGAGUGGUCUCUGUCCAUGCUCGCGCUGUGCCAGUCCGACAUCAACCCGCUGCGGUACUUGCGCGCCGAGCGACACUGUCGCCAACUGACCCGCGAGGUGGAAUUUCAGUUGCACGGGACUCUGAACAGGAGGCUAACCAGCGCAAUGUCACCGAGGUCAAGAGUUGGGUCUGUCGACAGCUGCGCGAUUACGUGGAGCGAUUGGAAGGUCCGCUCAAUGUGACUCUGUCCAGUAUCUGCGGAUCGGACGCAGUGAAGGUCAUGCGCGACGGUUAUCAAGCGCGGCAUGCCGCUUUCUGCUCAGUCUGAGAAUGACCUUACUAAUGUAGUGCGGGCUUUGAAUUGUAUAUACACCUGUGGCACGUUUCGUACCAAAGAAAAAAGUGAAUCCGUUUUUCUCUUCUUGUAGUCACAGCAGACAUCUGUAUACAGGCUGUAGACACCCUGUAGUCCUAUCGGUAGCCACCUGGUUUCUUAAGAUGUAUACAGGUUGUUUACAGGGUGUCUACAGGUCGUCUACGGAUGUCUACCGCUGUAUACAGGCAGCCCUUCUUAGGUCAGCUCGAUGUUCUGCGUGUAUACAGCGGUAGUCGUUAAUAGACAGCCCGUGGACACCACUGUAGACAUACUGUAGCCACCUAGUUUCUUAGGUUUCUUGGGUUUUCUUAGGAUGUAUCCAGGGUGUCUACAUGCUGUCUACGGAUGUCUACCGCUGUCUACAGGCAGCGCUUUUUAGUUCAGCCGGAUGCUCUGCCUGUAAACGCCGGUAGUCAUCUGUAGACAGCCCGUAGACACAACUGUAAGCAUACUGUAGUCACCUGGUUUCUUAGGCUUUUUUGGAUGUAUACAGGGUGUCUCAGGUUGUCUACAUGGUGUCUACAGGUUGUCCACAGAUGACUACAGUGACUACAAGACGGAAAAAAACGUUCCGGUUUUUUUCUUUGGUACGAAACGUUCCAUAUAUAUCGUGUAAUGCUAAC